ACUCAUUUCCUUUAAUUACCACCAAUAAUGCACAUGAUCCCAUAAAAAUGAUGGAAGAUAAAAAAUCCUUAGAGGCCAUAGUCAUGGCAACUCUUUCUACCUUAACCCCUCUUCAACUCACAAAAUUCACCCACCACUUCUCCUCCCUCUGCCACCACAACCGCCACCGUAUUUUUUCUCUCCUCUCUUCUCCCACCCUAUUCUCCCUCACUUUCCACCACCUCAACUCCCUCUCCCUCCCUCACAAAUCCCUCCUCAUCGCCCGCCACCUAUUGGCUAACCUCGCGAUUUUAGUGUACUUCAUGGAGAAAAACAUGAUUUUGCUACCACCAUCAUCAAUCACCACCAUGAAUCUUCGAGAUGUGGAUGCAGUUCUCCUGCUCUUACUAUUAUGUGAGUUGCGCCAACAUGAGUCUGGGACAUUGGACGCUCCACUAUCGCGUUGGCGCAAUAUUCUUAGUGACUAUAUGGCUAAUGACAUCUUGAAACUAUCCGGUAUUGAAAGUUGUAGUAGUGAAGUGAUAAUCAAGUUUAUUGAGUUAGUGGCAAAGUGCAAGAAUUUUUUUAAUGUCAUGGCCUAUGAUAUUAAUGGUGGUGAUCAGGGACGGAGCUACGGAAUUUCUGACUCCAUUACUAGUAGUGGUGAACCAAAAGACGGGAAGAAGUUGGCGGCAUCCUUGGCGGUGGUGGUGGCGUUGCGGUCAUCGAACGGCGGGGGAAAUGAUCAGUGUGUGAUAUGUAAAGAAGAGAUGAAAUUAGGCAAAGAUGUUUGCAAAUUACCAUGUGAUCAUUUUUACCAUUGGAAAUGUAUACUACGUUGGUUGAAAAAGACCAACACUUGUCCAUGUUGUCGGUUUCAGCUGCCGUCCGAUGAUGUUUUUGCCGAGAUCCAACGGUUGUGGGAUGUUCUGGCUAAAACGAGUGGUAUUGCCACGUAGUUAGCUAAAUUACAGCCAGAAAAUUAAAUUAGUGGAUUAAAUUCUAGUAGCAAUCUUUUUCAGCUUAUCAAUACAAAAAAAUAUCUGUACAGAAUUAUUAUUAUAACAAGUGGAGUACUCUCUUCCUCCUCUAAGAACACGUGGCAAAUGCAUAAUUAUAUAUAUUUAGUCUA